AUGGACUCAGAGAUUGAAGCUUUGCCCCAGUUGCGUUUUCCGCUUCGAGAAGCACUUCUUUCUCUCCAUGAUUCAGUGAAUGAGCCGCCCUCUGUGCGAACUGCUUUGGCGGGUUCUGCUUCAUUGGCUACGCUUGGCCCAUACAAAGUAAGCAGCACGGAGAAGAGCCGAGCAUUGAAGAAGAUUGGCCGCCUCAAGCGCCGUGGGGAACAUAUUGGCCGUGGCUAUGCUGAAGAGCGGCCUUUGCAUACUCCACGGCCACCGCCGGAAAGCGAAAGACCGAAGACUGUUCCCAAAUCGGUGCCUUCCGCAGUGAGCCGGAAGAAGGUGGCAUUCGUGAGAUCAGCGCAGGAUGCAGCUGAGAUGGAGUGCUGGCCAUCGUUGCAGAAGUCUCAGUCUGCUCCCGAAGUGUCUAGCAUGUCAUGUUUCUCUGCGACGCCCAAUGAUAUGUCGACAGACAUUCGGCCAACCUGGACUUCUACGGCACGAGCGGUUCUGGGGCACGGGCGGCGGCAGGCAACACGACAACACGCCACAUCUAAAGGAUCCAAAGGAUCCAAAGGAGAAGCAGAACAAAUGGAUGCUCCGCCGGCAGGCCUGCUGCAAGACACUUCAUGGUGCAGUGCAUCUCUGUCGAGUUUUCCAGGGCUUCCAAAACCUUUGAAGGAUUGGGCGAUUAUGGCCAGCUCUGGCUUGGAGUUCACGGAUGCUGGCUUUGGCCUUGGAGAUAGAGAGAACCCAGAGGUGAAGAACCUCAUCAAACGAUCACCAGGCUUUAACUACGAGGUGAAGUGUGGGAACGUGGGCCUUUGGAACUCGGAUGCCUCCCUACCGACCAAGCAGCCGCUAUCACAGCACUUCUCUGCUGCAUCAGCUCCAUUUGGGGCACGGCGUGACCCACAGAAGAAAUAUGAACGACAGCCUGGUCCUGGCUACUACGAUGUGCCUGGAUUUACGGAUGAGCUUCUGCGAAAGGUUUUGCAGCAGUGCGACUGCGAUCAGCUGGCACUGAUCGGACACUCCUUGGGCGCCGCCGGUGCUUGGCGUUACCUCCGCAUGGUGCCCAGCUGUCCCUUUCGCUUCGUGCUGUUGAUGGACUUGUGGCCCGCAGUCCUAUUGGAGGAAGACUUCUCCUUUAGCCCAACGGUCGACUAUGCAAUCGUUCUCUCGGAAGAAUGGAUGAAGAACCCAAGAUUUCUUAGAGGCAACGGGAGGUUAGCGGCCUCCGGGAAGUGCUUGGCGGCGUUGCAGAGCCCCGGGACGUCGCAUCAAUGGAUCUCUGAAACUCAGAUGAUCAUGCCUUCCUUUGUGUUGAGGAGGAUGGGCUUGAUGGGCCCCGGAGAUUGGAGCCGCUGCUACAGCGCCACGGUGCAGGCCUCCGCAGAGCUGGUGAGGUGUGGCUUGGGGCAGAGGUCAAAGAUCACAGCCAUGCAAGCGAUUGAGAAGUUGGAUCCAGAUGUUUUCAAGGCGAUCCAAUUUGCUGAUCGCAACGACCUCCCAUUUGCCGGCGAAGAGUCACUGAACCGUCUUGCUGGCCAGUAG